ACACCAUCGAACAGUCUCCGGCGUUAUGAUUCGAGUUGUAGGAUAGUAAGUUUGAGAUCGGCUGGGUCCUGCCAUUGUAAGGUCAUCAAAUUUGACUCUGAGGGUUGCCCUCAAUACCUUUGUACUUGCUAGCGACUAGGCCCGAUCAGUACAGACUUCGAUAUCGCGUGUGCGUCUUGAUUAUACCUGCGAGUGGUAUCGUCAGAAGUGGGGUGCUCGAGUCUGUGACAGCCCCGAAAUGGUCAAGCGCACUACUACCACAGAGAGUGCGUUUGCUCAGGAGUGGUUGCACACGAUCGUUGCAGAGUCGUGCAUCCGCUGAGAAUUUCUGGUUCCUCAAAGUAUAAGGGCAGGCUUGUCACAAAGCCAAUACUUCAAAGAGAGGCUGUGAUUCACCCCCUUCCUCAGGCUGAUGCUGACCUUAGCAGUCUGCUAGCUAUGGUGAUUUAGUGCGCCAUGGCCAUCCAGGCCAUACAAUAGAUACAUCAACACAAAGCUGCGACCAUGCCGUACCUCAGAGUUGGGGAGGGCGCAGAAGCAGUGAACCUGUACUAUGAAGUGCGGGGGCAGACCAGUGGGGAUCAAGGUUGCGCGGAAGAUGAGGACAACAGGCCCAAGGUUGUUCUCAUUAUGGGGUUUGCGUGCACAAUGGGCGGCUGGAACCCACAAUUGGAUGAGCUACUGGCAGAGGAUGACUUUGGGCGGCCGGCAACACAGACGCUUCUCCUUGACAACCGGGGCGUCGGCCGCUCCAGCAUCCCUGCACGUCGCUCAGCAUACUCUACCACCAUCAUGGCCAUGGACGUCCUAUGCAUCCUGGAACACUUGAAGUGGACAAAGGUGCAUGUGGUGGGACACAGCAUGGGCGGCAUGGUGGCCACGCGGCUGGCUGCACUGGCGCCAGAGCGGCUGGCAUCACUGACGCUCAUCUCCACCACUGCUGGCGGCAGCCAAGCCGUCCCCCGCAGCUGGCGUGCUGUGAAGUACGCUCUGCAGCUUGCCAAUGCGAAGAGUGCUGAGGAUCGUGCAAAGGUUGACCUGAAGCUGCACUUCAUGAAGGCAACACUUGACGAGCCGGACAGGAAGUAUGGGCGAACACGGCGUGAGCUGCUCUAUGAGGAGUACGUGGAGGGCUCUAAACGAGGUGGCAUUGGACAACCCAAGGACGGCUUCGAGGGUCAGCUGCGUGCUAUCUGGCAGCACACAGUGUCGAGCAGGGAAGCGGCUACAAUUGUGAGUGCACAACUCCCGGUGCUGGUGCUUCACGGACGCCAUGACAUCCUAGCCAUGCCACAAUUUGGAGAGCAGCUGGCUCGCAAGUUGCAAGCUCCCUGUAUCAUGCUGGAGGGCGCUCACUUUUUGACACGGGAGCGGGGACCAGAAGUGAACCAGCUGAUCAAGCAUGUAGUCAUGCAUGGUCGCCGGCUGCAGGACACACGCCAUCUGUACUUGGAUAUCAACCCUUUGCCGCAGCUGAAGGCGCGCGUCAAUUCAGGCAGCCCAGGCCAGGCGUCUGCCACAAGUUAUGUAUCACCCCUUGAUUUUGAGGCGCCCAUGGGUACACCCAGGCACUCUCCAGCCGUCAGUCGCGCUUCAAGCAGCACCUAUCUGCUGGCAGCUGCCAGCUUUUGAGCAGCUCGUGCAGAUAGC